AUGCCCCAGGUGCCUCAACCCCAGCAGUGGCCUCGUGGCCCCAAGAAUUCUUUGCACGAGGCUGCUGACUAUGGUUUUUUCGAGACCGCAGCUGCCCUUCUUGCGAGCGAUGCUUUCGACAUUGAUCUUGGCGAGGAUGAGGGCGGCUGGACUGCCCUCAUGAUAGCUUCCCACCGGGGUUACUCCCUCAUUGUCAGGAUGCUUCUGAGCAAGGGAGCGCAGGUCUCGAUAGCGGAUGUUCAUGGCGAUAGUGGCUUGCACCUGUCCGUUUUGGCAGGACACAUGGCCGUGACCAAGACGCUGGUGGAGGCCGGCGCACCCCUCGAGGUUGCCACCAAACAACUGCUUUGCACGCCGCUUCACCUUGCUGCUGACAACGGGUGCAUCGAAUCGAUAACAACGUCGCUCGAGGCAGACGUUCCUCCCUUGGACAUGGCGGCGCAAAACGGGCACGCGGAAGUUGUACAGGAGCUGAUCCGGCAGCAUUGCCGCCCCAGAGUUGGGCAGUUGCUUGUCGAAGCCGGAGCGGACACGACGUCCGCGGUUCCAGUCAGCAAGCACUUUGGGAAGGACAGCGUCACACCUCUGGGUCUCACCAUGCGUCUCCUCGAUGGUAGGUCAACUUAUCCCUUGACAGAAGAGCAGCUGAAAAAGCUAAAGGCCAUACGCCGCUUGCUGCUACGAGUGGAGGCAGUUCACGCGGUCUCUUGGCUGUGGUCUACCGAUAUCUCCACCAUCACCCACUCUACCGCACACGGCACCGAUAGGACGAUCGCGACAUCGACAACUGGAACGCCGCUCAUGCUGAUGAUGAGGCGAAGGACUAAGCGGCGUGAGGUUCCUUUGUCAGCGCUGUUGAGGUGGGAAGUUGUCGUGACGUGGAGAUAG